AUGGCUCUUAAUCUUAAAAAUGAUAUACCUAUUUCCAUUCUAGUGAUCAAUUUAUCAGUAAUUUUUAUGCAGAUUUCCCUGAGUUUUGGACAGGGUUUUGCACCUGCUUUGGCUACAUGGUAUGGACCCCCUGAUGGUCCUGGAAGUGGAGGAGCCUGCGGAUUUGACACAGAUGUCGCACAACCUCCAUUCUCAAGCAUGAUAUCUGCUGGAAAUGCCAAGAUCUUCCUCAAAGGACAUGGCUGUGGUCAGUGUUUUCAGGUGCAAUGUUCAGCUGAACAAUGCUCAGGCCAGCCAAUCACCGUGACCAUCACAGAUGAAUGUCCUGGAGCCUGUAACAACGUACCAUUCCAUUUCGACUUGAGUGGCCAUGCUUUCGGGGCAAUGGCUAAACCCGGACAAGAAAAUAAUCUCCGCCAACUAGGACAAGUUGAUAUCCAAUUCAGAAGGGUGCCAUGCAAUUAUCAGGGUGCAAAAAUUGCGUUCAAAAUCGACCCAUAUAUCAAUCCAAACUACUUUGCAUGUGCAGUUGAAAGCAUCAAUGGAGAUGGAGAUAUUGGAGCCAUGCAGCUCAAACCCUCAAACUCUGACUGGAUUCCAAUGCAACAAAGCUGGGGGGCGACAUGGUAUGCUAACAUCAGUGAUUCAGCUCAGGGCCCACUUUCCUUCAGAAUUACUACCUCAUCUGGAAAGUCUAUUGAAGCUGAUAACGCGGUUCCACCGAACUGGGCUGCUAGGGCUAGAUAUGUUUCAAAUGUCAAUUUUUGA